UGCUCACCAUUUGGAGUUCAUGAUGUACCCUUACGGCCUCCACUCCAUUAUCUGGCCUAGGGCUUAUCGGAAUCCCGAGUGAAACCUCGAGGGAUGGCGCUCUCCUCUCCUCCCCCACAAACCCCUCUCCGAGAUCAAUUUUUUCCUCGAAAGUUUCGCAUUUCCACCAUCUCCUCGCAGCAUGAGCAGACGAGCGGCGGCGAUCGUUCUUUCCCAAUCGCCGGCCCUCUUCGCAUCCCUCCGAACCAAUCACUGCUUCCGGCCGAUGCAAUCGUGGAUUUUCCACCUCAAUCCGUUCAGAAAACCUUGCAUUUCUUUCUUCAGCAGCGGCAGUAGCUGUUCUUCCCCUGAUGACGAUUUGAGUGGUUUGAUCGACCCCGACUUCUCCCCUCCAUGGAAUGGAGAGUACCGGGAUCGAGACGACCGCCGGGGGGCCUCGGUAUCGCCAAAAGACUUCGCCUUUUUACAAGAGGCAAUCGCAGAACGUGAUGCUCUCCCUGGAAAUACUCUCGAUUCGGGUAAGUUCUCUGAGGAGGCCGUUUUGAUUGCCAAGGCAGUUAGGACUAGUGGAGGUGUCUUCAGUGACAAAACUGAGAAGUUUUUGAGGCAAUUCAGAGGGAAGUUGGAUGAAUCGCUGGUGAUCGGGGUGCUAAGACUUGUUAAAGUUCCUGAAUUGGGUGUCAAGUUCUUCGUCUGGGCUGGUCGACAGAUCGGGUAUAGCCACACAGGUCCGACGUAUGAUGCACUAAUAGAAAUUUUAGGUUUCGAUAAGAAGAGUAGAGUUCCUCAACAUUUUCUCAAGGAAAUUGGAGAGGAUGAUAGAGAAGUGCUUGGUAGAUUGCUUAAUGUAUUGGUUCGGAAGUGUUGCCGCAAUGGGUUUUGGAAUGAGGCACUGGAGGAGCUUGGGAGGCUUAAGGACUUUGGCUACAGACCAUCAAAAGUGACUUAUAAUGCUUUGAUUCAGGUUCUUCUGAGUGCUGACCGAUUAGAUUCAGCUUUUUUAGUUCAUAGGGAGAUGUCAGAUUCUGGCUUUUCUGUGGAUCGUUUCACUAUGGGUUGCUUUGCGCAUUCGUUAUGCAAAGCUGGGAGGUGGGUGGAAGCUCUUAAUAUCAUAGACCAGGAAGAUUUCACACUUGACACUGUUUUAUGCACCCAAAUGAUAAGUGGGUUGUUGGAAGCUUCUCUUUUUGAAGAAGCGAUGUCUUUUCUUCAUAGGAUGCGAUCCAACUCUUGCAUCCCAAAUGUUGUGACGUAUAGGACACUGCUUUCAGGCUUUCUGAGGAAGAAGCAACUUGGGUGGUGUAAGAGAAUUAUUAAUAUGAUGAUCACAGAGGGUUGCAAUCCGAAUCCAUCAUUGUUUAAUUCACUGGUACAUGCAUAUUGCAACUCAGGGGACUACACUUAUGCAUAUAAGCUGUUAAAAAAGAUGAAUGCUUGUGGUUGCCGACCGGGUUAUGUGACAUAUAAUAUCUUUAUUGGAGGGAUUUGUGGGAAUGAGGAACUACCGAGUUCUGAGCUGAUGGACUUGGCAGAAAAAGCUUAUGAGGAAAUGCUGGGUGCUGGAUUCGUACUUAACAAGAUAAAUGUCAGUAACUUUGCGCGGUGCCUUUGCGGCAUGGAAAAAUUUGACAAGGCUUUUGGGGUUAUAAAGGAGAUGAUGAAGAAGGGUUUUGUACCUGAUACUAGCACAUAUUCAAAGGUGAUUGGUCUUCUCUGUCAGGCUUAUAAGGUGGAAAAAGCUUUUCUUUUAUUUCAGGAAAUGAAAAUGAAUGGUAUAGUUGCUGAUGUUUAUACAUAUACUAUUUUGAUUGAUAGUUUCUGUAAGGUUGGUCUCAUUCAACAGGCUCGGUGUUGGUUUAAUGAAAUGAAGAGAGAUGGUUGCACUCCAAAUGUGGUGACUUAUACUGCCCUUAUACAUGCUUACCUGAAAGCUAAGCGACUCUCUGAGGCAAAUGAGCUUUUUGAGAGUAUGCUUAGCAUGGGAUGUCAUCCAAAUGUUGUCACGUACACUGCUUUAAUUGAUGGCUUUUGCAAGGCCGGCGAGAUUGAUAAGGCUUGUCACAUAUAUUCUAAAAUGAGAGGUAAUUGUGAGGAUCCAGAUAUCAAGACAUCCACUGAAGGUGAUAGUGCUGAAGUCGCAGAGCCAAAUGUUAUUACAUAUGGUGCAUUGGUAGAUGGCUUGUGCAAAGCUCAUAAAAUAGCCGAGGCUCGUGAUUUAUUGGAUGCAAUGUCUUCUGCUGGUUGUGAGCCAAAUCAUGUUGUCUAUGAUGCUCUAAUUGAUGGUUUAUGCAAGGCUGGGAGGCUUGAUGAAGCACAAGAGAUGUUUGUAAGAAUGUCUGAGCGUGGUUUUUCUCCUGAUGUGUACACAUACAGCUCCUUGAUCGACAGGUUGUUUAAAGAUAGAAGACUUGAUCUUGCAUUGAAGGUUCUUUCGAAAAUGCUAGAGAAUUCUUGUACUCCAAAUGUCAUCACUUAUACUGAGAUGAUUGAUGGGCUCUGUAAAGCUGGUAAAACUGAAGAGGCUCGUAAGCUUCUGACAAUGAUGGAAGAGAAAGGUUGUAAUCCAAAUGUCGUCACCUAUACUGCCUUAAUAGAUGGAUUUGGUAAAGCAGCUAAAGUUGAAAUGUGCCUGAAACUUUUUAGUGAAAUGAGCAAAAAGGGCUGUUCUCCAAAUUUCGUUACAUAUAGAGUAUUGUUAAACCAUUGUUGUGCUGCUGGCCUGUUAGACAAGGCCCAUGAACUUCUAGAGGAGAUGAAACAGACUUACUGGCCAAGACAUAUAGCAGAUUAUUGCAAUGUAAUUCAAGGAUUCAGCAGGAAGUUUAUCAUUUCACUUGGUCUUUUAGAAGAAAUGGCAGAAUAUAGUUCGGUGCCAAUUGCUCCUGCUUAUAGCAUACUCAUUGAGAGUUACUGUAGAGCUGGCAGGCUGGAGACAGCCCUUGAAUUGCACAACGAGUUCAGAGGCAUGUCAUCAUGUUCAACCAUUGGCAACCAGAAUAUGUAUUGUUCUUUAAUUGAGGCUCUUUGUUUAGCAUCUAAGGUUGAGAAAGCGUUCGAACUAUAUAGUGAGAUGACAAGGAGAGGCCAUAUUCCAGAAUUAACCGUUCUCUUUUGCCUCAUCAAAGGACUCCUCAGAGUGAAUAAGUGGAAUGAAGCUCUUCAACUUUGUUAUAGCAUAUACCACAUGGGACAUACCUAAAGCCAUAUUAUGUUGCAUGAAAAUCUGGAUGAUCGACAUUCUAGAAAGCUAAAAUUGUACUGGCUAUUGAAAGAAGUCUCUCACAUUAUGAAGGGUAUACACUGGUACAGUCAAGAAGGCUUUGACAGGAGCUAGAUAUUCAUUUUUAUUUUUCAAGCUUUCUCCUUAAGUUGAUGAUUCAUUGUCUCCCCUUGCAUCCUUAUGUCUAUGUCGUGAUCAAGCACUACAAUUUUCUACGAGCAUCAGUUCAUUGAGAAGGUCCUGAUAAUUGAGAAUUGACCAGCUAAGAGCUUCGAGUGUUUAUGGCAUACCAGAAGGGACCCAUGGAGAUGACUGCUACUUUCCCAUAAAAUGACUCUGCUUGUGUUGUUUGAACAAACACAGUUGUUGUACUAAAUAGGCAAUGGUAACUGAUUGAGCAUGCUAAUCUGGAUAAGAUUCUUGGAUAAUCUCUGCAAGUAGUUUGUGAGGGGACCUUUAGUUGUCAUGGUCUGUAAUCUGGGCUUCUUUCGGUUAUCUCAGAUUCUGGUGCAGACGUGUCUCUAAAUGCAUUGCUGGGGUACCUUUUGCUGCAGCCCCUUCCAAGACUCACAUUCUCUAAUAACUUAUUCCCAACAACAGAUUUUUUUUUUGCACAUUUGUGAUUCUUUUAAAUCCAACAGAGAAGGAAUGUUGAUGGAACUAGCCAAGAUGUCCAUCUCAGUAAAUAUUUAAGUCAAGCUUGAACUUGUUGCAAGAAGUCUGAACUCUGGAUCUCUCAUGUCUUUUGCCUUCUUUGUUCUAUAAUUAUUAACAGGGAGGUGCAUAUCUAUGUAGCCCAAGGAAAGAAGUCAUAAUACCAUCUGAAAAAGGUUCAGGUGCUUUUAGUGCAGUUAUAUGAUUUUGACGUGGGUGUUGAUAUGACUAGACCAUAUGAUUCAUGUAUACGCUUGGUUUACAUAUUGGAAUACAGUUUAAAGAUACAGAUCUAAUGAACUCACAUUUUUGUUG